CACAAACGCAAACAGCACCUACCCAACCCAACCCAACAACACUAUUGCAUCUUUGUCCUCAAUAAAAGCAAGAGCGCUUUAUUAUCAUAUUUAUCAACCGACCAAGAGAGAGAGGAGGCUAUAUUCGCGCGCCUCUCUCUUUAUUUCUCCGCCACCACCACCGCAUCUCUCCGUGUCUCCGUCUCCGUCUCCGAUCUGCAUUCUCCAUUCUCAUCAGAUGCCGCCGCUACUCUCCAAUUCCGCGCCAUGCUGCACCGCCGUCGUUUACUCCUCCCACCGGAAGGCGACAUUCGCCUCUCCUUCAUGGAGGAAUUGCAAGCUCACGUCUCCAACUCUGCGUUUCUCCGAGAAUGACAAAUUCAAUGUGUCACGGUUAGCUCUUGGCCACUCUAGGCGAGCGGUUAAAGAGCGGACUAUAUCAAUGGCAUUAGUUGGCGACGCUGUUGGACAAAAGGGGGAAGUGGCCAGCUCAUCUAGCAUCUUGGCAUAUGAUUUGAUUCAGGGGGCACUUGUGAGAUGGAGUUCUGUUAUGGACAGAUCUUUACCUGAUCCACCAACUGCUGUUUUUCUUCAUGGGAUCCUUGGUUGCAGGAAAAACUGGGGAACUUUUGCUAGGAGAUUGGCUCAAGAGUUUCCUACGUGGCAGUUUCUUUUGGUAGACUUGCGAUGUCAUGGUGAUUCAACAUCAAUAAAAAAGAGAGGCCCCAAUACCGUUGCAUCUGCUGCUUUUGAUGUUUUGAAACUGGUUCGGGAUCUAAGAAUAACACCUCGUGUGUUAGUUGGUCAUAGUUUCGGGGGGAAAGUUGUUUUGAGCAUGGUGGACCAAGCUGCAAAGCCUCUUGCUCGGCCAGUGAGAGCUUGGAUUCUGGAUGCAAGCCCUGGAAAAGUUCGAGCAGGUGGAGAUGGAGAGGACCAUCCAGCAGAACUCAUAUCCUUUCUAAGUACAUUGCCAAAGGAGGUCUCUUCAAAGCGGGAUGUUGUCAAAGCUCUUAUUCAACAAGGAUUUUCCAACGAUGUGGCACAGUGGGUUGUGACUAACCUGCGACCUACCAGCUCUCCUGGUUCACAAUCGUCAGGCUUCUCAUGGGUGUUUGACCUAAGGGGGAUUGCAGAAAUGUAUCAAUCCUAUGAAGAAACAAAUUUGUGGAAAAUUGUUGAAGAUGUACCUCGGGGUGUACAUGUGAACUUUUUGAAAGCAGAAAGAAGUUUACAUAGAUGGGCUCUUGAAGAUCUUCAGCGGAUCCAUGCCGCUGAGGAGCUUGCUGUUGAGGAAGGAGGUGGGGUUGAAAUGCAUGUCCUUGAAGAUGCUGGUCACUGGGUACAUGCUGAUAACCCAGAUGGACUCUUCAGGAUAUUGUCAUCAUCUUUCAAGUGAAGCAAGACCGGAAUUUACAUGUGUGUUCUCUCUAGUAACUUAUAUUUAUACGAGAUGGGAUUGCCUUUCACACUUCACAGUUUGAUGCUAUUCCUUCUUCCCAUUUUUUGCCUAGUUGUCCCUAUUGUAUAUGCUAUUGUUUUUUAUCUUCUUGUACAUCUCCAUAAAUUAUAUAUAUAUAUUUUUUUUAUAUUUAUUUAUCGUUACUCUA